AUGGCGAAACAAUGGUUAAGCAAUGGGGAAACUCAAAAUCUCAAGCUACGCCUCAUUUCUAACCGAUCGACCGAUGGAAGGGUGUAUAACCAACCUACUGUGUCUGAAGUCGCGGCCUUGGUCGUUGGUGAUAUUGACACGGCGGAAAUGCGUGAUAUCAUUAUGCAAACAAGAGGUGGGGGACUUCAAAGAAUCAACGAAUUGCAUGCAGCUUACAUGGCAUACCAGUAUCCUUUGAUUUUUCCUUAUGGUGAGGACGGUUAUAGACCUCAUGUAGCUCAUAGGGACUUGCCUAGCAACAAUAACAACAUACGAAAUAGGCUCACAAUUCGGGAGUUCUUGGCAUACCGCAUUCAAAGUAGGUCCAAUGAAGCUAAGACUUUAUUAUCUUCUAGAAGGUUGUUCCAGCAGUUUCUGGUCGAUGGUUACACAAUGUUAGAGUCUGAGAAACUAGAAUGGCUACGUAAAAAUCAACCAAAACUUCGAGUUUCCAAGUACAACUCCUUGAAUGAAGAGGGAGACCAAAGUCAAGCCCAAGGGAACAGCAUAGGCAAACGAGUGGUAUUGCCUUCUUCCUUUGUUGGAGGACGUAGGUUUAUGGAUCAAUUGUACUAUGAUGGAAUGGCUAUAUGCAGUAAAGUUGGAUUUCCUGAUUUGUUUAUUACCUUUACUUGUAAUCCAAAUUGGCCUGAGAUUCAAAGAGUACUUAGACCUCUUCAUUUGAAACCUCAAGAUCGACUGGAUAUCAUCUCAAGAGUCUUCAAAAUCAAAUUUGAUCAAUUGCUUACAGAUUUAACCAAAAAAGAUAUGUACACCAUUGAGUUUCAAAAGAGAGGAUUGCCUCAUGCCCAUAUAUUGAUCUUCUUGCAUCCUUCAAACAAAUAUCCAGGUCCAGAAGACAUUGACAAGAUCAUUAGUGCUGAAGUGCCCGAUUCCGAAACACACCCUCGGUUGUACAGUUUGGUCAAAGCUCACAUGGUUCAUGGUCCUUGUGGUUUGGCAAAUCCCAAAACACCUUGCACGAAAGAUGGAAGGUGCACCAAGUUUUACCCUAAGAAAUUUCAACCUACGACGAUCGUGGACCAAGAAGGGUAUCCUGUUUAUAGGAGAAGAGACAACAAACACACCAUUGAAAAAAAUGGACUCAUCUUUCAUAGUGGUCAUGUUGUUCCUCACAAUCCAAGUUUGUUGUUGAAGUACGAAGCCCACAUUAACAUGGAAUGGUGCAACCAAAGUACUUCUAUCAAAUACCUCUUCAAGUAUAUAAACAAAGGUUCCGAUAGAAUUUCUGCAAUCAUACAAGGCCAAGAUAAAAACAACGUCGACGAAAUCAAACAAUAUUUGGAUUGUCGAUACAUCUCCCCAAGUGAAGCAUGCUGGAGGAUAUUUUCCUAUUCUAUACAUGGCAGAAAGCCAGCCGUAGAAAGAUUGUUUUUCCACAUGGAAGGUGAAAACUCUGUGUACUACAAAGACUAUGAGCAGGUUGGUGAUGUGUUGCUCAAACCAAGUGUAACAGAGUCUAUGUUUACAGCAUGGUUCGAAGCAAACAAAACUUAUGAAGAAGCAAGAUUACUAACUUAUGGGGACUUUGUUUCUAAAUUUGUUUAUCAUAAACGAAGUCGAUCUUGGAAACCAAGGAAACGAGGGUAUACCAUUGGUCGACUCAUUUGGGUUCCUCAAAGCACUGGGGAGUUGUUUUAUUUAAGGAUGAUGCUCACUUGCAAAAAAGGCCCUUUAUCCUAUCAAGACAUCAAGACGGUUGACGGUAAGAAACUAAAAACAUUUCGAGAUGCAUGCUUUGCAAUGGGGUUUUUACAAGAUGAUCGCGAAUUUGUCGAGGCCAUCAAAGAGGCACAUCAGUGGGGUUCAGGUCAUUUUUUACGCAAGCUAUUUGUUACCAUGUUACUAUCUUCAUCGAUGAAUAGACCGGAACACGUUUGGAGAAAGACUUGGAUGUAUUUAUCAGAUGGCAUUCUUUAUGAUCAACGAGCAUUCGCAAGAGAUCAAGGUCUGACAAUGUGUGAUGCCGAGCUAAAAGAACGAACACUCAUGGCUAUUGAAACACUGUUGCAAAAUAAUAAUCGAAGUUUGAAGGACUUCAAGACCAUGCCAUAUCCGAAAGACUAUGUCGAAACCUUUACAGGAAAUCGACUCCUUUAUGAUGAACAGCAAUAUGAUGUUCUUGCUCAACAACAACUGUUUGAAAGUCUCUACGCUUCUCUUACAGAUGAACAAAGGAGCAUCUUUGAGGAAAUCAUGGAUGCUGUAGAAAAGCAAGAAGGCGGAGUUUUUUUUUUAUAUGGCUACGGUGGCACUGGUAAGACCUUCAUGUGGAACACUCUAUCAGCAGCACUUAGGUCUAAAAAAAAAAUUGUUUUGCCGGUUGCUUCAAGUGGGAUUGCAAGUUUGUUGUUACCAGGUGGAAGAACGGCUCAUUCUAGAUUUAAGAUUCCUGUCCCUACUUUAGAAAAUUCCAUAUGCAACAUUGAAAAACAAGAUCACCUUGCUGAGCUUCUAAAGAUGACAGAUCUACUCAUAUGGGAUGAGGCUCCUAUGGCUAACAAGUUUUGCUUUGAAUCACUUGACAAAUCCUUGAGAGAUAUUAUGAGUGGAGACACAAAUGCAUCUAAAAGACUUUUUGGAGGAAAGGUUGUUGUCUUUGGAGGUGACUUCAGACAAAUUCUCCUUGUUAUACCGAGAGGUACUAGAUCUGAUAUCAUUCAUGCAACAAUCAAUGCGUCUUACAUUUGGGAUCAUUGUAAAGUCUUGAGGCUUACAAAGAACAUGCGCUUGCAAGUUGGUCAGCCUACUUCUACAAAUGAUGAGAUAAGGAGUUUUUCUGAGUGGAUUUUAAAAAUUGGAGAUGGUACCAUGUGCGAGCCAAAUGAUGGCUAUGCUGAUAUUUGUAUUCCAGAAGAGUUCUUAAUUUCCAACUUUUCAGAUCCGAUUAAGGGAAUUGUUGAAGAUACGUACCCUGAUCUCAUUCAUAACUAUCUUGAUUCCACCUAUCUUCAGAGUCGUGCAAUCUUAGCUUCAACAAUCGAAGUAGUCGAUGAUAUCAACCAAUAUAUAACAAACCUUCUUUCAGGAGAAGAGAAAGAAUACUUUAGCAGUGAUUCUAUUGAUAAAUCUGAUGCAAAUAGCUUUGAUGCAUAUGAGCACGUAACACCCGAGUUCCUAAAUGCUCUUAAGACUUCGGGAUUGCCUAACCAUUCAAUUAAGUUAAAAGUUGGUGCCACUAUUAUGUUAAUGCGCAACCUAGACCAAUCUGAAGGUUUGUGCAAUGGUACCAGGCUAACUGUUACCAGGCUUGCUGCUCAUGUCAUUGAAGCUAAGAUCAUUUCUGGAAAAAAUGUUGGUAACUUAUUUUAUAUUCCUAGAAUAUCUUUGUCCCCUUCACAGUCACCAUGGCCAUUUAAACUGGUGAGACGCCAAUUUCCAAUUAUUGUUUCCUUUGCCAUGACUAUUAACAAGUCUCAAGGCCAAUCGCUUGACAAUGUUGGUUUGUACUUGCCAAAAGAAGUUUUUAGUCAUGGGCAAUUAUAUGUGGCUAUCUCAAGAGUGAGAUCCAAAAAGGGAUUAAGGAUUCUUAUUCAUGACAAAGAUAAAGAACCUAUGCUCUCUACCACCAAUGUUGUAUUCAAAGAAGUGUUCCAUAACAUUUGA